AUAAGAAAUUAUAUUUCUCCAACUCUCCGACAUAUAAAAAUGUACAUUUACGGAAAAUGGUGAUUUAGAAAAGGAGACACCCAGAAACCAUAUCACAGAGUACUUAGACAAUUGAAAAAAAGAAAAAAAAAAAAUUCUCCUUUUGUGCAUAUGGAAAGCAACAAGACUAAUUUGCUACUCCCCGUGAAAUGUUUUCAGUUUUGUUUCUAUUUGUAAACAAUAGAAACGAGAGAAGUCGGUGGGUGUAACAAAAGCAUAAAUCUUCGAAAAAUAAUUAAAAACAUUCUUUAAAGUAUUUUGGCAUAUAAAUGGGAGACUUAUUUUCAGACCGUUGGAAACUUAUUCAAAGGCUUUCUUUGCUUGCUUAUGUGCAUAGAGGUGAUGACUCUAAGGAUCUUUAUAAAGCGAUAAUUGUUGCUAAGAUUUUAAAAGGUUUUUAUGAUGAUUGCAAUAGGCAGGACCAAGUAGAUGCAGCAAGAGAUGAAGCAAUUUUAGCUAUAGUUAAAUAUGUGAAAGACCAUCCAAGAGCUACAGAAAAAGAACUUCAACGCGAAGUGGAAAAACAGAUCGCUUUGUUUGUCGAAAAAAUAAAAUAGGCUGAUCUAUUAUGAUUUUGAUAUUCAGCACGUUUAUGUUGAUGUAUAUACUGAGUAAAGAACUUUUUUAAAUUCUAUUUAUUUGUAGAUAAGAAUGAAAAAAUAGUAUUCUUGUACUUAAUAUUUUAUAUUUUGAUGGAAAUUUGUCAUUUAUGUUCAGUUGUGAUUUUUAUUGGAAUAAAAG